UUCUGGCAACAGCGAUCGUGGUUUCAGGAAGUUAUUUUAGUUUUGCAGUUACCUGCCCGCUAUAAAUGUUUGUAAUAAUUAAGUGCCGGAGGAUUGCUUGAAUCCUAGCCACGGUGGGUUGGUUCACCCGGAAUAAACAUGUAAACUCUAUCCUCUGGUCCUAUCUCAAGUGUAUACGGUAUACAGAUAUAUAUUAUUCCCUUACAGCCUUAACUGUUAGUCUGUUACCGGUACCCAGUUACCAGGUAGCAAACCAAUUAAGUGCCGGAGGAUUGCUUGACUCCUAGCCACGGUAGGUUGGUUCACCCGGAAUAAACAUGUAAACCCUAUCCUCUGGUCCUAUCUCAAGUGUAUACGGUACCGUAUACAGAUAUAUAUUCUUCCCUUACAGCCUUAACUGUUACCCAGUUACGGUACCGGGUAGCAAACCAAUAGCCUACCUUGAGAUUUAUUUACUGACUUCAGGACUUGGAAAAUUAAAUUUGAAUAAUGACUAGUACCGGUGUACAACUUGGAAUGUUUUAUGCUGAUCCCGAUGUUCAAAUUGCCAAUCGUAUUCAAGAGAAGUUCAAGAAAAUAGGUCAUGAAUUGAAACUUUGCGACUUCUACCAAGCAGGCUUGCCAAAAAUGGAAAUAAUUGAACAAUUUUUAAAGGAGAAUAACGCAGGGUUUUGGUUAGCCACCGCGGCUGCAGUAACUGAUGAAGCUAUAAUGAAGUCUACCCGAGAUAUUGGUUUAUAUGAAGGAAUCACUAACAAAUCUUUCAGAUUUAUAGUUCUCCAACCAAGAGAGUACUUGAAACUGCCGCUUCCAACUAUAUUAAAAGCAUACACUCCACUGUCUGAAGAUGAAUUUUUUGAAAAAAGAAUAAAAAGCACUUUACAAAGUAUUGAAAAACAUGUUCUUAAGCCCAAAACUUGUAGUUCACACCAAAGUUCUUCAACCUCAGGAAUUUCAACAUCUUCCAAUGGGGACCCCUCUACUGCACCUGUCUCAGAUGUUACUAAGGAUGAUUCGGCCACAGAAGAAGGAGAAUUAAAUAUGGUAAUCAGUGGUCCUGGUAUUAAUUCUCAGUCCGCUGUACCAAUACCGCAACCAACACCCCAACCUGUUGUCGAAAAUGAGGAAAAUGCUGCACCUCCAGUGGUUUAUAAUAUAAAUAUUACUGGUGCUAAUAGCACGGUUCAGAUUGGUUCUGGUAAUAAGCAAAUCUUUGAUGGAAAUCAGCAGUAAAAAUCACUGAAGUGAAGUCCAAUCUCUUGUGUUUGGUGAAAUAAAAAAAUAUGGCGAAAUCCAUUUCAAUAUCCAAGACAAACAAAUCAUAUUAUACCGAAGUUGAAUGAUUCAAACUGAAUGCAGCAUUGAAAACAAGUUAUUCACAAUCACAACUAGGGGAAAUUCUACUGAUACAAUGAAACCUUCAAAUUUUUGUAUUUUUAUAUUUGUUUUCAACAAGGAUUUAAUAUUUUUUGAUAUUGGACUUUUUAGUCUUUUUUAAGAUUUUAUUUCAAAAUUGAGUUUAUGAUUUUCGAUCAGUCCUCAUCAGGUAUUUCGAUCAAAAUUUAUCAGAUGUAUUUUAUGCCCCACAAUGAUUUGAUUUUUUAAAAUAUAUGCAACAAUCAUGUUGUUCUUAUAGAAUAUGAAAUGAAGAUGUUGAUAUCAGACUAAAUACUUAUAAUCCUUUGGAUAUUUUGGCAAUGUGUUUCAUUUGAAGGCAGUUGACUAUAUUAGCAGUGUAUGUAUAAAUACUUGGUUUGCAUUAUAUCCAUAAACCAGUUCAAGCUGUGCUGAAGCAGUUGAGUCUGUCUUUCUGUAUUUUUCUGGAUAACAUGGUGCAUUUUUCCGAAGUUCAACUAACUUUUUGAGAUUUAAUAGUAUUGUAUAAUGAUAUCUUCAAUUGGUUUUUCAUUGUAACUGUUUUUCUCUUAUUAUUAUACAGUAUAUUUUUCAAUAUUCUGUAGAUGUAGCACUUAUUACCAUUUCUUUUUUAAAUCCCUGUUCGACUUCAUUUUAACAAAUGUUCGACUUCAUUUUACAAACAUAUAUAAAUAAUAAAUAAACAGAUCCAGAUGCUUAGGCUGGGAGGCAACGAUA